AUGAUUUUAGGUGGUUACGGAAUCGAGAUCUUGGUGAACGAUAAUUCCCCCCUUCGAGAAUAUAGCGAACCGUAUGAGACUAGUAAAAUGGAAAUUACUACGAAGCAGAGUUAUAUACAAGGCAUCAACACGGACAAACGUUACGAUAGGACCGUGUUCGUAGCGGUACCAAAACCGGGAAUGAAAUUCACAGUCAAGCUGUGGGCGGAUUCGGCAAAUUCCAAGAAGGCAUAUCGAAUUCAUUUAUACAUUGAUGGAAUAUGGGAUCACGCAUCUUAUACGUUAACAGAUUCACGUUCAAAUAUAAUUGAACACUUUAUUGAUGAAAAGGAUAAGAAAAAAUAUAAUUUUAUAUUCGCUCCAUCAAUGUGGACGGAUGAUGUCUCAAAGGAGGUUAAUUUUAAGGAGGAUUGUAAUCGCGGAUUCGGAAGUAUAUCGGUAGAAUUUUUUGAAGCUACGUGGUCACUAAAAGAGUAUGCAAGGCCUUCUUAUACUGUAAAGCAAGCAGUCGUAACAGAAUCUAAAAACUACACUGGUCUAUCUUAUAGUACUCGAUUUGAAGAAGCUCCAAUGGAUGGCGGUGAGAAAUUGAUAUCAAGUCACGUAAACGGGUCUUAUUAUGGAUGGAAAAGUGCCGACAAACCGUCAGCUGUUCUCACAUUACACUAUCGUCCUAAAACGUGGUUGGAAUAUAAGGGUCUUACUCCUGAUCCAUUCUAUUCAAGAAUGACCCCUGAGCCAGAAUCAGAAAUUGGUUUAGAUGAGUAUGGAAGAGAGCGGAAAAAAAUUAAUUAUGAUUCCGAAGAUGAGAUCGAAAGGGAACGUGAACGAUUAAGGAAAAAAAGUCGCGUGCACAAGUGCAUCGAUUUUGACGAUGGUACAAAACGGCGUAAAGUUGUGGUUGAUGAAGGUAUGGAGAGUCAAAUUAUGGCAGAAAAAGUUGAUCUUCCUAAAUCUUCAGAUCAUUAUAAUAAAAUUCCAGAGAAUAAUACUAGACCUUCAGCAAACAAUCAUCAUAGAACUUCAGUAAAUAAUAAUAGACCAUCGGCUAACAGAUAUAAUAUUCAUAAAUCCACUGGGAAAAGUUACGUCAAAAGGUUUGAUCAAGCCGGUCCAGAUGUAUCAACGGUUAAAUUUGCAAGAUAUUUUGAAGAAGUCGUUGAAGAGACAAAAUUUAUCGAUAUUGAAGUGGACUCCAACAAUCCAAUUGAAGAAAUAAGGCAGAAUAAAAAAAUUCGAGAAGUUAUAGAAAUUCUGGAUUCUGAUGAGGAAGCAUAA